CAAAUCCUCUCUCACACCAACGCAAAAACACAAUGACCAACGUUGCAGUAAUCGCCGCUAUUUUGAUUGCAGCAUCGUUAUCAGCUACCGUGUCAGGACAAAUGGCUCCAUCUCCUUCGUCAUCAGGACCUUCUGCUGCACUAGAUUGCACGACGAAUCUGUUCAACAUGUCGGACUGUCUUUCGUACGUUCAGGCAGGAAGCAGUGGUGGUGGUGCAGCCAAACCGGACAAGGCUUGUUGUCCUGAGCUGGCCGGCCUAGUCGAGAGCUCGCCACAAUGCCUAUGUUACCUACUUGGCGGAGAUAUGGCGGCUCAGUAUGGAAUCAAGAUUGAUAAGGCAAAGGCUCUCAAGCUUCCUGGGGUUUGUGGUGUCGAUACUCCCGAUCCCUCACUUUGUUCACUGUUCGGGAUUCCAGUUGGAGCACCGCAAGCUAUGGGCAACGAGGAAGCCUCCCCAGCCUUGGCUCCAACUUCAAUUUCAGGUGCGGAAUCACCACAAGGAUUAGGGUCGGGUCCAUCGGCUAGCAGAACGAGCGAUGCACCAAACGCUGCACCUUAUUCUCUUUUUCUCAGUGUCAUAAUUAUCCCAUUAGCUUUUGCACUUCAUCUUAAUUCCUGAUUUCUUUUUCUUAUUGGCGACACCAUUAUUUGUAUUGUAUUUUCUUAUAAACGGAGUAGUAUUGCUUUUGUAGCUUAUUUUCCUGAAUUUAAUACUUUGUAUUUUAUGGAUUAUAUAUCUUCAUUCAUCUUACUGAAUAAAGAUUGUUCUUAAAAAUUAAUUAAACUUUCAAAAGGUC